ACUGUGGCACUCAGACAAGCUAGUGACAGUGUACUACAGCUACCUAGCAAAGUUAGCUAGCUACUUGGGAAGGCUGGGCGUUAACAUCACGCGGUGAAACGUGCGAUAUCUACUAAUAUUUGGCUUGCCUAAAUAUUUGCAUUUGAUCUAAAUAAGAUGAAGUAGUUGGCUUGCAAUUUAUGUAACGUUCGUGAAUAGCGAACUUUAGCUGGUUACCUAGCUAGUUAUCUUAGCCUAGCUAGCUAACUACGUGUUCCGUGCCAUGGCAUUUGUUUUGUUUGUUUGGAAACUUUCGUCUAGCUCAAUUUCGUUGGUUGUGACUGUGUCAGAUAAAUAGCUUUGGAUAUAACUGAGCAAAUCAUGGCUAAAAUAGAGAAUGGUCGCUUGUCCGCCGACACUAGAAGUAUCAGGACCAUUAGCAGCAGCAGUCAUAUGGACGACGAAAGCUCUAUUGGUUCAGACUCCGAAAUCAACGGGUUCACCAGCGACAGACAUACCGAUAAAUAUGGAUUUAUUGGGGGCGCACAACAGUAUUCAGAAGAAUCUGCUCAGGAUCUCCCCCCAGAGGUGCUGAGACAGAGAGAGGUCAAGUGGCUGGACAUGCUCAGUAAUUGGGACAAAUGGAUGGCAAAGAGACAUAAUAAGGUGAGGCUGCGGUGUCAGAAAGGGAUUCCUCCAUCACUGCGAGGCCGGGCUUGGCUUUAUCUGUCAGGGGGUAAAGUGAAGAAGGAGCAGAACCGAGGGAAGUUUGAGGAGCUGGAUAGUCAGGCUGGAGACCCAAAGGAGCUGGACGUGAUUGAAAAAGAUCUACACAGACAGUUCCCCUUCCAUGAGAUGUUUGUGUCACGUGGGGGCCACGGGCAGCAGGACCUGUUCCGUGUGCUGAAGGCCUACACUUUGUACCGGCCAGACGAGGGCUACUGCCAGGCCCAGGCCCCCAUCGCCGCUGUGCUUCUCAUGCACAUGCCUGCAGAGGAUGCAUUCUGGGGGCUGGUCCAGAUUUGUGAGAAGUACCUUCCUGGAUACUACAGCGCGGGGCUGGAGGCCAUCCAGUUAGAUGGGGAGAUCCUGUAUGCCUUGAUGCGACGCGUGUCCCCUCUAGCGUACCGCCACCUGGAGAAACACAAGAUAGAGCCCAUCCUGUACAUGACGGAGUGGUUCAUGUGUGCCUUCUCCCGCACCCUGCCCUGGGCCUCGGUGCUGCGUGUCUGGGACAUGUUCUUGUGUGAUGGUGUCAAGAUCAUCUUCCGGGUGGGCAUGGUGCUACUGAAGUGCAUGCUGGGUACGCGUGAGAAGCUCAAGGCGUGUCAGGGUCAGUAUGAGACCAUGGAGCUGCUGAGGACCAUCGAGCCACGCUACAUGCAGGAGGGCUUCCUCGUCCGAGAGGUUCUGGAGGUGCCUGUUUCAGCUCGGGAUAUUGAAAGAGAACACCAUGUUCAGCUGAAGCGCUGGAGGAAGAAUCGUGGGGACCUGCACUGUAAGUCCCCUCCCAGAAUGCAUGGCGCCAGGGCCAUCAUGGCUUCAGAACCUCCGAGUCGCCAAGAUCUUCGUCAGAACCCCACCAUCAUCGUGGAGUCGCAACUGCCUCCCCCUCCGCCCACCCCUCAGCUGAAGAAGGAAGAGAAGAAGAGCAAGGAGGAAAAAAGCAAGGAGAAGAAGGGCAAGAAGAAAGGAAGUAUGAAGAAAACCACUCCUGCUGUAAAGGAUAUCCCCAACCCUUAUGCUUUACCUGUUGAUCCUCAGCCUCCCCUAACUCCGUCUCCGUUGUCUCAGCCUCCCCUAACUCAGCCUCUGUUGUCUCAGCCUCCCCUAACUCAGCCUCUGUUGUCUCAGCCUCCCCUAACUCAGCCUCUGUUGUCUCAGCCUCCCCUAACUCAGCCUCUGUUGUCUCAGCCUCCCCUAACUCAGCCUCCGUUGUCUCAGCCUCCCCUAACUCAGCCUCCGUUGUCUCAGCCUCCCCUAACUCAGCCUCCGUUGUCUCAGCCUCCCCUAACUCAGCCUCCGUUGUCUCAGCCUCCCCUAACUCAGCCUCCGUUGUCUCAGCCUCCCCUAACUCAGCCUCCGUUGUCUCAGCCUCCCCUAACUCAGCCUCCGUUGUCUCAGCCUCCCCUAACUCAGCCUCCGUUGUCUCAGCCUCCCCUAACUCAUCCUCCGGUGUCUCUGCCUCCGGUGCCUCUGCCUUUUCUAACUAAGCCUCCUCCAACUAACCCUCCAUUGUCUCAGCCUCCAUUGACAGUACCUCUUUCCCAGCCUCUUCUGAGAUACUCUCCAGUACAACAUCCCCUCAUCAAUGAUACGCCCCUUCCAAAUACACCUAUAGACUGUUCCUUGCCUGACCAACCAGCCCUUAACGACCAACCAGCCCUUAACGACCAACCAGCCCUUAACGACCAACCAGCCCUUAACGACCAACCAGCCCUUAACGACCAACCAGCACUUAACGGCCAGUCUGUUCUUAAAGAGUCCCCCCUCCAGCAGUCCACACAGAGCCUGAGUAGCACAGAGGACACAUACCUGUAGCUCUCCCUGUGGGUAUGAGGAGGGACAUCAUGUCUGACACAGACAUGAUGGGAAUGGGGUAGAGGGGAAGUGAGAGAGGAACUGGAAGUAUCCCUGUGUUCUACUGCUCCAGUCUCACUCCCCACCGCAUGGCUGUGAGGCUGAAAGCACCCAGAGAGGCUAAUCCCUGACCUCUGUGGGAGAUUCCAGGGUGGCUGUACUGAGGAUGCCCCUGUGCCCAUUCACAGUCUCUCCCAACCUGAUACUGUCUCUGUAUCAGGCAUUUCCGGACUCCACCAUAACCAGCAACUGGGUCUGUCAUGGCCAAUGGCAAAGCAGCACAACUGUUGUAUAUCUUUCCUAUGAGUUUUAAACGGCUUGCUUUUAAGACACCAUAAUGCCUAGAGUACACAGUCAGCAGCAUACACUAAUGCAUCACUGCUAAGUGUUAUAAUAUGUUAGUCUUUAUGUUAUGUUCUUCCCUCUAUGAUGUGCAAGGGAGACACAUUACUGAUUGGUUGUGUAGUUGUUGUGUACAUAAAACAUUCCUUUUAGACAAUGUGAAAGACCGCGCAAUAGUCUACCUGGUUCUAGGAGUUAAUGACAUGAUUGAUUUAUUAACACUUCAUUGGAAUGGGAGUUUUAGUUUUUUUUCCCUCAUUCAACUCUUUAAACUGCCUAUAGCACAUAGGAAAUGGGUAUAAGAUAUUUCGCUUUUGGAGUUAAGUAAACAACCCUUCUAGUCUUCACCACCAGAGAGCAGUCCUGGUCUGUUUUCUGUUACCGUCUCUGUUAAAUCAGCUGUUACAUUCCCCUUCCUAAAAAGGAACGCUCAGCACUCUUUUCAGACUUCCCUUAUGAGCACAUCCAUUCCUCGUCACGGCCACUCUUUCAAAGGAACUUUUUCAGUAUUCAAGCUUGUAUUGUACAGUAAAAGGUGUGAUAAUGAGGUCUGCCGACCUUGGUGGCGUGUGGCUGCCUACUCUCCCAGCCUGGAGGUCAUGGUCCUGAUGUUUUGAGAGUGCAGACACAUUCCCAACAUGCCAUGCACUUCCAGUUAUUAUGUAGCAUUUAACUACAGUAAGGUAAGAAAAAAGGAGCAGAUUGAAGUUUCAUGAGGAAGUAUAUGAUGAAUGCAUAUGCAAUGACACAUUCCUGUUUAUUUAAAGGCAGCUUGUCUCGUGCAUAGUCUGGGAAUCAUAUGUAUUCAUAGUCUGGGAGUCGUAUGUAUUCAUAGUCUGGGAAUCUUAUGUAUUCAUAGUCUGGGAAUCGUCUGUAUUCAUAGUCUGGGAAUCGUCUGUAUUCAUAGUCUGGGAAUCGUAUGUAUUCAUAGUCUGGGAAUCGUAUGUAUUCUUAGUCUGGGAAUCAGAUGUAUUCAUGCAUGUUUUCUUUUACUUAUUUUAAGGAGUGUGCUUCUGCACAGGUGCCGGGUGAAAUGGUCCUUUCAGGCUAGAUCGUUUAAGAUAUGAAUCCCCUAAUUGCUACACGGAGUAACUGAAGCAGCUGUAGCAGAAACCAAGCAGGAUGUGAUGAUUAUCAGUGUUCCACUACCUGUUACUGCAGAUGAGUACUUGGUCUUGCAGACAUUCUAACGGAGUUUAUGUACAUGUAGAUCUAGGCCUUCCAUUUGGACAAUGUUGAGAGUUGUCAUGUUUUUGGGAAAAUUGAUGCCUUUACUUUUUUAUAUAUAUAUAUUUAAUUCAUUUGGGGAAAACAUGAACCUGGGAUGUAUUCAUUUUGUGGCCAGAAUUCCGGUCGCUCUUUUGCUAAAUGUUUUGGGACUAAAUGUUGUGUUGGACGAAUUUAAUACAGCGGUGUUCUGAUAAAGAUCAGACCUUUGCUUUGGGAUAACAUGGACAGUCUGCUGAAACUUUUUGGUAAAUUAAGGUUAGAUGGAUGUCAUUGUUUUGCAUUCUGAACUAUCAAGCUUUUAGGACACUAUGGGAAACUCUUUAGUAGGGAGAAAAAUAUUACUUCAGUAUACCAUAUAAUUGUACCUAAUGCAAGUUUAUUUUACAGGUCAUCUCUGAGACCUCUCUAAAAAGCAAUAAUAGGUAAAUACAGGGCAAAUAAACACUGCCAAGUCCAUCCAAGUGGACACUAUUGAAGUCUAUCACAUACCUCCCAUUUGGCCGGUAUUCAAAUUUAAUUUAAUGCUUAAAAUGUGUAGAUAAGAUCAAUUCGUAAUAUAAAAGAUGUCUUUUUGGAAUGAAAAUAAUAUUGUAUAUCCGUAUUUUAUUUAACAAGAUAUGAUCAAAGCGUGACAAUUUUGACACUAGUUUUCGAGUUUAAACCAAAAGUUUAAACAAACACAUGCAAUGCGGUCAUCCCUAGAAAUGUAUUGUCAGCGCAGUGCGGUUUUGUUCUUCCGAUGAGACAUUUUGUGUUUCUGUCAGCUAUCAAUAAAUAUCACUUUUUGUUUCAGA